GUUGAACUUUCAUACUCCAUAAUCUGAUUAAAGCAAGUUUUCGCACAGCCACGCCGAACGAAUUCGAGAACAUAGUAAGCGUAUCACGUAUGUGACGAUGACCCUUUUCUCUGUUAGGGGAUACACGGUUUCGUGGCCCUUAGUUGGUAGCCUGAUCGCUAUCCUUAUUGGACGUGAGAUAUGGAGACUGACCUACUUCAAACGACGUGGGAUCAAAAGUCCUUCUGCAAAUCCUUUGUUCGGCAACGCUCUUCAAAUCAUGCAGAGUGUUCCUGGAUUCUUUUUGAAAUGUCAAGAGAAAUUCGGCACAGUAUUUGGGGUCUUCAUGUUCCGUUCACCUUGUUAUGUUAUAUCUGAUCCCGAUAUGAUCCGAGAUAUCACCGUUCGAGGCUUUCCAAAUUUCGUAAAUCACCAGAGUAUCACGCUAAAGAACAGGCCACUGGAUAAAGCUCUCAGCAAUUUAAGAGAUCAGCAUUGGAAAGACGUGAGAAACGUCAUCACGCCAACAUUCAGUGGACAUAAAAUGAAAUUGAUGUCUCCAUUGAUCAACGAAUGUGUCGACGAUCUUGUGCAGAAUUUUCGUGAGGUACAAAAUAGAGAUGGCGAAGUCAACAUUUGCAAACUUUAUGAAGCCUUCACCAUGGAUACCAUUGCUCGAUGUGCCUUUGGUAUUCAGGUACAUUCCCAGAAGAACCCAGAUGAUCCGUUCGUAACCAAUGCCAAGGCCAUCAUGAACGCUAAUCCAAUGCAAAUUAAACUUAUACUUGCUGGAUUGUGUCCACCAUUUGCUCAUCUGUUAAACUUUCUGGACAUCGGCGCUUUCCCUCAGUCAGUCAAACUAUUCUUCAGGGAUGUGGUCAAGAAGACUAUGGACAUGAGAAGUACAAAUGUAGAGAGGAAAGAUUUCUUGCAGCUGAUGAUGAAGGCACACGAAGACCAGGACGAGGAGGUGGUGGAAAAGAAAAAGGAUAAAGAAACGGAUCUCCAUGACUUGGUUGACAAAGACCACGACGCAGGAGUCUUUGGUUCAAAGAAGACCAAGAAAGUCAAGCUGACUCUUGAAGAGCUUUUUGCACAAGGAACUCUUUUCUUCGCUGCUGGCUAUGAGACAACGAACAUAGCAUUGACUUACGUCACAUAUUGUCUUGCUAUGAACCCUGAUGUCCAAGAUCAACUAGUCAGGGAGAUUGAAGAAGUUGCCCCGACGAGGGAAUCGGUCAAUUACAGCAACGUCGCUAAAAUGGGCUACCUGGAUAACAUCGUCUGCGAAACACUUCGUCUGUAUCCACCUAUUCUUAUAACUGAUCGUAUGUGUGGAGAGACGUACACAUACAACGGCAUCACCAUCCCCAAAGGCAUGCAGGUGGCCAUUGGGAUCUAUAUCACCCAUUACAAUCCAGACAUCUGGGAGGAUCCAACAAGGUUUGAUCCAAACAGAUUCACGAAAGAAAAUCGCGAGAAACGUCACCCUUUUGCCUGGAUACCGUUUGGUGCUGGUCCAAGGAACUGCAUUGGGAUGAGGUUUGCUUUGAUGGAGGUCAAGAUGGCUAUCAUUCGACUCCUUCAGAAUUACAGAGUAGAAACCUGCCCAAAUACAGAGAUUCCUGCCAAAAUUGGUAAAACAAGCGUUAAACCAGACAAUGGAAUCGUCCUACGUGUCGUCGAAAGAAGUUAAAAGAACAAUGACCAUUCCUACUACAGAACGACUCUUCAGAAAAUUACACUCUUAAAGAGAGGAACCAUGGUUCCAUAAUCUUUUAUAACGAAAAGUAGAUUAUGUAAAAUUGAAAUAUAACAAAAUCUCUUUUCAUCUGUCAAAGUAUGUGUCUAUAGUUACUGUGCUUCUCAAUCAAUAUAGAACAUUUCAAUCAAGAAAAGUAGUCAGAUAUGAGUCUGACAAAGACGACAGCGUUAAUGAAACGUUCUCCAAAAAGGGGAAUAAAGCAUGUUUUAUUUUUAAGGAAGAUUCUGCAGACGGAAUCAUUUGAAUAAAAAAAAAUUGAUCCUUUUCUUCCGAAAUUCCUACUUCUGGGUAAACAUUUAAUAAGCAUUUUAGACUUGUUUGGAACAAGAUGACUCAGUGCGCCUUCGCCUAUACUGUAUACCAAACUGUCUUGUUUGUUUCCAUUACUUUUGAUGUAUUUGAUUUUGUUUCUGUAAAGUUUGUCUCCAUACCAUUUCGAACAUCGGAGGAUAAAAAUUGCCAAAGAAAAGUUUUUAACAUUGUCAAUGAAAGAAUAGAUUAGGUAAAGCAAGAAAGCGUUAACAUUCCAUUUACAGUAGGCCUACAAUAUUUAACACAAACACCCUCACUUUUUUUUUUUUGAAUAAUGUUUUUAUUCUGAUUUCAUGAACAAAAAAAAAUACAUAACAUUUCAAAUUAACAUUUCAAAUCACAUAUAAUACUUGACAUUUCAUAUUUUCACUUUUUUUUUCACUAACUUAAUAAAAUCAUGAAUCAUAUAUAUCUUAAAGAAAACAAUGAAAUCAGUUAUUAUAAAAAAAUCUUAAAGACCAAAACUUCCCCCUCCCCCUCCCUCCCCCCGCCCCAACACACACACAAACACACACACAUACACACAACACACACACACAACACACCACUGUCCAGAAGAUCUGCCCACACUCAUCAUAAAUAAAUUAUGUUUAAAAGUACAAAACAAUUCGAUAAACAAUUUUUAAUAUAACAAGCUCACGGGAGAAGCAUUACAUAUAUUGAAAGUUAAUAAAGACUUACAACUUAACCUUAACACAAUUUUACUGUUUCCCAUUUUUGCAAGUGCCGCCCUAAUUUCCUCAUUUUAAUAGCUAUUUUCUUUUCUUGAUCCUUAUAUUCUAAAAUAAGUUUAUGUAUAUCGUCAAUGGUUGGUAAUACCCCCUCCUUUCUAAAUAUACACACACACACACAUACACGCACACACACUCAUCCCUUCCUCCAUGUCCAUCUUCAUUUUUUUUUUUUUUUUUUAUAUCUACACGAGCAGUACAUAUUGAUCAUCUUUACAGAGGCAGGCGAAAAUAAAUCUAACAAUAUUUCUUGGAAUAAGAUUUGAAAUAACUCAGCUGCAUGGGAGUAUCUGGCCGCAACUAUGACACAAAUCCGACAAUCUCAACUUCAAUUUGUGUCUGAUGGAACUUUAUCAAAAUGCUGGUGUUAACAAUUGACAUUUUUUCUGCAAAUUUUGAAAAUAUUUAGCCAAACUCCAGGACACAAUAGCACGGAUUCGAUAGGUAUUUCGUCAACUGCAUAAUAUUCAGGUCUUGUAGGCCUACGCAAAUGAAGCAGGAAACUCCAAUCAUCUAUUAAAAAAAGUUUUUCCAUGAAACUAUCGGCAUCACACAUCGCCCAACCCGGCGCCCAACGUCAUAGGGUAUGUGAAUCGGUGUAGGACUUUACUUAUUCAGAAAUGGAAAGCCGCAUGGAUGUGUUGUACUCCAUUCUUAAAAAGUUUUGAAUAAAGUGAGAGCCCUCUCACAUUUUAUCAUAGCAGAAAAUUCUGAAUAAAUCCACAUACUUUCUGUACCUUCCAUCCUUGUCUCUCCGACUCUGUCAUGAAUUUACGUGUAAUAGGUCGAUUGGUUUCUGUAAUGCUUUCUCGAAAGAAAUAAAUCAUGUCAUAGUGAUGAACUAUG